GAGCCGCGCCGCACUCCGCGCAUGCUCGGAACGCGGCGCCCCCGACUCGGCGCUCGGCUGGGCUCGGGCAUUUCCGCCUCUUUGUUUUAAACUCCGGACGGGUUUUUUUCUCCUCCUCUUGGGGGGGACCCUGAGGAGCGGCGCCCCCUCCCCCUUCCGGCGAGGCCCCGCGUGCGCCCCGCUCGCCCCCGCCCGAACCUGCAGGCCUCACGAUGUAGCAGGGAGUCCGGGCUCUCUCACAGAAAAUGGAAAAAGAUCAAGGCCCAGGAGGAAGGUGCAGACACGAACCAGGGUGCAGAGUGCGGAGGAACGGCCGCGUCCCAGUGCUGGCCUAGGCUCCAUGCCCCGCCGGGAGGAAGGACGCGCGGCGUCUCCAGGAGAAGCCAAAGAUGCUGACCAGAAAGAUUAAGCUCUGGGACAUAAACGCCCACAUCACCUGCCGCCUGUGCAGCGGGUACCUCAUCGACGCGACCACAGUGACGGAGUGUCUGCACACGUUCUGCAGGAGCUGCCUGGUGAAGUACCUGGAGGAGAACAACACCUGCCCCACCUGCAGGAUCGUGAUCCACCAGAGCCACCCUCUGCAGUACAUCGGCCAUGACAGAACCAUGCAGGACAUUGUGUACAAGCUGGUGCCAGGCCUCCAGGAAGCGGAAAUGAGGAAACAGAGGGAAUUCUAUCACAAACUGGGCAUGGAAGUGCCGGGCGACACCAAGGGCGAGGCGUGCUCUGCCAAGCAGCACUCGGAUCCCCACCGCAACGGUGAAACCAAAGCAGAUGACAGUUCAAACCGAGAGACGGCGGAGGAGAAGCAGGAGGAGGACAAUGAUUACCACAGAAGCGACGAGCAGGUGAGCAUCUGCCUGGAGUGCAACAGCAGCAAGCUGCGGGGCCUCAAGCGCAAGUGGAUCCGCUGCUCCGCCCAGGCCACCGUGCUGCACCUGAAGAAGUUCAUCGCCAAGAAGCUGAACCUGUCCUCCUUCAACGAGCUGGACAUUUUAUGCAACGAGGAGAUCCUGGGCAAGGACCACACGCUCAAGUUCGUGGUUGUCACGAGGUGGAGAUUCAAGAAGGCGCCCCUCCUGCUGCACUACAGGCCCAAGAUGGACCUUCUGUGAGCGGCCUCGGCCUGGCCAGCACCCCAGGUGCCGCACGCGGGCCGUGCCACCCGCUCUGCAAGUUGCCUCUGCGUGUGGUGUGGACCCGAUUUCUGAAUAGAGAAUAUUUAUAACUUUUGUAUGAGAGAAUUCACACUCAGCAAGACGCGACCAGCACCACGCUGACCAGGAUGAAAACACUUCACAGUCUCACGCAGCCCAGUCGCACCUGCCUUUGCUUCUGACUCCCGGGCCAGAGCCUCGAGGUGGGGCCCCGAGCCCUGUGGUCACCUCCGCUUGAUUUCCAGGUCCACUUGGGUUCAGUUUAUAAAUUUGGUUUCACGAUAAGCCUCAAAAGUACUUUUACUUUUCUUGAAUCCUCUCUAAGUUAUUGAAAAAAAAAUCUUUUCAUGGUGAAUGACAA